GCAGUAGAAUACUCUGAGCUGGAUAUUUCAAAUGUCUUCUCUCUGUAAAUGUCUUCUCUGUGUGCAACAGCAACUGCUAUGUUACACCUCAGUGCCAGAAGUAUGCACUGUGCAGCUUCUGGAGACGUUUUGUGAUUUCUUGAAAGACUGUAACCUGAAAAACAUCAGUCCAACUGAUAUAAUACCUGUCUAAAGAACUUUUGGCUUUGACUGUGAUGUGUAAUUGUAAUUAGUAAUUACUAAUUUUAUUAGUUUACCAUUUUUAAUGUUACAAGGGGAGCAGGGGGACAGACAUCUACAGAGAUAAGAAAGCGUCACACUUCUAUGUCAGCAAUUGUAAAUAUGAACAACUUAAUAUUAGGAGAAAUGCUGAGUGUUUAGAAACUUAGGAUUAUAAAACAGGGAACAAUGUGCUAAUAUAUUUUUAAAAUGAACUCUCCUUCUAUUCUCAUAGAUUUAAAAUUUGUUUAUCUCUUGACUAUAGAUUUAUGUACUGGAAAUCCUUGUGACUUACAGAACUGCAGUUUAAAGUUAGUGGGUGUUCUAGGUCUUAUUCUUGCUAUAUAUAACCUGAACUUUGGUAAUUGUCUGCUACCCUAACAAUUUUGUAUUCUUAGGAUGAUGAUAAGCUGUAGUAGUAAAUCUUAGGAAGAGAGGCAUGCCUUCUGCCUCCAUUCUAAAUAUCUUUGUUCUAUGUGCGUUAUCCAUGAGUUGCAGGUCUGGUAAAGUCUGCAAGAAGUCCUGCUUGUAAUAAUCUUUAUACAUGGUUUAACUGGACUUCAUCCAUAUUUAAAUUCCUGCUCCUUGGGCUGGAGUUCCUGCUGUCUUCAGAAGAUGGGUGACAGGACUUGACCACAAUUUCCAAGGGAAUUAUAUAGCCUUUGGGGAAAGACAGUGGCGAUCUGAGUCGGGUGUUUGCCUUCAUCCUUGUGAUGGGUAAUAAAUUGGUGGACCCUAGUAAGCAGUGGUUAAGGUACCACAGAAAACUCUACUAAUGGAUGCACUGAAAGAAGAAUCUGAGAUCGUUUAUGAUUUCUGCAUGUGCAACCCCCCCUUUUUUGCCAACCAAUUGGAAGCGAAGGGAGUAAAUUCUCGAAAUCCACGGCGUCCCCCUCCCAGUUCUGUAAAUACAGGAGGGAUCACAGAAAUCAUGGCUGAGGGGGGAGAACUAGAAUUUGUCAAAAGAAUUAUUCAUGAUAGUCUACAACUUAAAAAGAGGUUAAGAUGGUACAGUUGCAUGUUGGGGAAGAAAUGCAGUUUAGCACCAUUGAAAGAGGAACUUCGAAUCCAAGGGGUUCCUAAAGUUACUCAUACUGAAUUCUGCCAGGGACGCACCAUGAGAUGGGCCCUGGCAUGGAGUUUCUAUGAUGAUGUACAAGUGCCUUCUCCUCCCUCUAAAAGAAGAAAAUUAGAGAAACCCCGAAAACCAAUUACGUUUAUGGUCUUGGCUUCUACAGUCAAAGAGUUAUCCAUCAAAGCUGCAGCUAUGGGCUGGGAUGCUGUAGAAGCUAUUGCUGUGGUUAGAGCCUGGGUAGAGAAGAUUCUCUCUGAUCUGAAGGUUCAGCAUAAACGUGUUCCCUGUGGAAAGGACGAAGUUAGCCUGUUUGUGACUGCCAUUGAAAACUCCUGGAUUCAUCUGAGGAGAAAGAAACGAGAGAGAGUAAGGCAAUUACGAGAACUUCCGCGAGCUUCUGAAGAUACUCUGCAAGCAAUGGAAGAAGAAAAAAACAGUCAGAGUGUGAGCAACAAUUUGGACUGUGAAAACCCCAAGACUGAAGACUCUGAAAUGGGGUCUGUGGAACCUGGUGAGGAUGUUCACUUGACCACAGGUGGCAAACUAACGGAAGAAUCUGCUGCCAAAGAAGAACACAGAGAGCACGUGAAGGAGGAGGAGACAGAAGCAAAGCAGGCAGAAACGUCCCUUGGCAAAGGUUCCAGUAAUGCAAAGGAGGAACCUUGCCCUUCAGAGGAAGCUAGCAAUCUGGCAGCUGAAAAAGAACAAUGUCCGAAAGAAACUAGUAGAUGUUUCCUCUUUAAGUGUUUAAUGAAUGUGAAGAAAGAAGGAAAUGAUGUAUUAGUAGAAAUGCACUGGGUUGAAGGACAGAACAGAGACUUGAUGAACCAGCUGUGCACAUAUGUACGGAACCAAAUUCUUCGGCUGGUUGCUAGUUAGCCCUUUUUCCUACUUUGGUAAAGUAAGACAGUCCUUAAAUUUUGUAAACUAUUUUUAAUGGAUUAAAGUUUUCAGCUAGCAAACCCUGUUUUUUUUCCCUUAGAGUAAAUGAAUAAAGUGGAGAUUAAAGUCCCCUAUAAUAUUUUAAAUAGCUUUUUCAAAGCUGCAAGGAGUACAUGAAGUGUACUUCAUUGGACAUGAAGUGAUGGUGAAGUACUAGAUCUUGUGCUGCAGUUGUAAAACUACAUGUUAAAGUGAAACAUGUCUAUGCUGUGAGCAUUUCAAAUAUCAACAGUGCUUAUUCUGGUCUUUUUUCUGGUGCAAUAGAAUUAUAUAUUGUAGAAAUCUUUACUGAAGUAUUUUCUUCACAAUAUUUUUUCAAUAAUAAUGCAGGAAAUUACUAGUCUGCUGUGGGAAUUGUUUUCUGCAGCAAGGAGUCUUCAACUAAGGGUUUAAGUAUGCCUCUCCCCUUUAAUGCAUUUCACCUUUGGUGAGAUGGGAUACAUCCUCUAAGUGUCAAUUCAUUAAAAUAACCGCUGUAGAAGAUCAGCGUGUUGUACUUUUCUGGUGCUUGGGCUUUGAAAUACAGAAGAGCCUACUAUUAGCAUCUGGUUUUGUAAACUUUGUCGUAACAACAAAACAAGUUUUUUGAGCUGCUUGGUUUAAAGAGGAUUUAACUAUGCUGACUGUCC